AUGUCAUCUUCUGAUGUAAGUAGUAAAACAAAACCAAAUUCCAACCUUUUCACUUAUGAUUUCUCAAAAUGUGGAUUUCCAUCUAUUGCUGCCAGUGGCAAUGAUACCUGCCCAAAUAGUCCCGGAUCCAACUCUAGCAAUCUUUUUGCUCGCGGUCGCGGCAGAUUUCAGGCAGCUCUCAGCAAAAUGAAAAAAGCUGCUGUCUCUUCUGUUAGCAUUACACCAAGCAGUAGCUUACUUGCCUCUAGCAGUCGAGCUGAAUCCGGAGGUCUUUUGGGAGCCAGCCGUUUAGCAGCAGAGCAUCGCAUACCAUCAGAGAUGUCAGGUAGCUGGUUAACUAAACCUCAUUUUAAUAUUUUUUUUACAAUGCAUUGCGUUUAUUUAAUACCGAAUAGUCUAUGUAGUCUAAGAUAA